AUGAUAUGCUUUUGCUCAACCUUCGUGUGUGUCGAGUUAUCUCAAACUCAACGUUCAAUCCUUCAAGCUUCAAGUUUCGAUGGCGAACAGCUUCCAUUGAGCAUCGUAAUCCUGAUGAAGAUGAAGAUGAGGUUUCAUAGGUAUCCUGCGGCACCACAGCUUGAAUCACUGAUGUCGGCCCUCCAUGCGGCGCAAGGAUUGUGUAGGGAGAUAAAAUUAGAUCCCAAAAAAGCUAUACUACUACAUUUGAGUACAGUGUAUCCUCAUAGCAUGCAAACUCUCUCAGCGUUAGCUCUUCUCAUCCUCCUUCAUGGUCUUUUCAAACCCAAUUUCAACAUCGCUCGAGAACCCCGUGCUCAUAAACCCAGUCUCGACCUGCCUGAACACGAUCGGCUCUCUCGUAGCUGA